UGUUGUAUCUGAUAUGGCGAAGCGUCUCUUAAAACAGAGAAUACGGUAGUAUCUGCUUCCUUUUUCUCUUAAUCGAAAUCCAUGGAAAAUCCAUGGAUUCGAAUAACCUGAAGUACAUCCUUCUCCUGUUCUGUGUUGUUGUCGGACAGUUCAGAGAAUCGCUGGCAGUUGGCUGCUUUUCUGGGGCAGAUUGUGAUGUUGGCGAAUACUGCAAUCAUGCUUUUCAAUGUCAAAGGGAAAUCAUUCUUGACCCAGAUUACAUAUCCUACCACAGACAACAAUCACAAGACAGAGACCAUAACUUUAAUGAAUAUCCACAAAGCUUCAAUGACAGAAGGGAGAUCACACUGGGUCAGGAGGAUGACUCAGAAUGGAUGAAUGAAAAUGAAUAUGAAAUUGAAAGAGAGGAGAGGAAUUUAGGACUAAACGCACCUUUAAUAAAUGGUGAUACUCACCAUGAUAAAAUAACUUUUCAUGAAGAUCAUGGGUCUUUACCACCUGGGGUUCCUGUGAAUCGGGAUGAGAUUGACAACAAAAACAAUGGAAAUUUAAGAUAUGAUAAAAGAAAUCAAAAGACUGCAGAUUAUGGCGUAAGACACAGACAAGAUUCCACUUUUCAUGAAGAUCAUGGGCCUUUACCACCAGAGGAUCUUGUAAAUUGGGACAAGAUCAACAACAAAAACAAUGGAAAUUUAAGAUCUGAUAAAAGAAAUCAAAAGAGUGUAGAUUCUGACAGUUAUGAUAAUUUCAAAGCAAGGAGACAUAUACGACACAGACAAGAUUCCAUUAGUAGCGACUCUGUAGGUAGGAGGUAUGAUACACAUGAUUCUUUUCAAGAUAGCAAAGAAGUUGUAGAAAAUAAAGAAAAAUUUGAAGAUUCCCAUGGAGCAGCCAAACCCAAUCUAGCAAGGUCAUCUAAGAAAAGUUCUGUUUUCAACUCAGAAGUUAGUGGUGGAAAGAGGUCUGAGGAGAAAUCAGCGGAUGCAAAGUCUUUUACUGAUGAAAAGAAGAUCCCACCUGUUCCCCUUGCAAGUGAGGGGGGCUCAAUGCUAGAGGAUAAUUCCCAUCUCCAAGGAAACCAGUUACUGACUGAAAAAGCGGCUUUUGUAGAAGAGGCAGCGGCUGACGCUAAGGUUGCUGCAGGAAAAGUCAUGGUGAAGGGAAAAGUCCAACAAGUCAAAGCUGACAUUGAUCAGGGGCCAAAUCCAGAGAAGACCUACAAGCGUGUGGAAGAUUUCUUUCAAUCUCAGAGAGAAAGCUCCAUAGUUGAAGUUCCAAAUUCUGUCAAGAAAGAAGAGGCUUCGAAGCUGUUCAAGGAAAACUUCAUACCUGUAAAAGAAGAUGGUAGUGAUCAGAUAAACAAGGAGCAAGCUGAUUCCUCUUUGCACAAGGACGGAGAAAUAAAGCUGUCUUUGAACAAAAACAUAACCACAACCCAAGCCAAAUUACUCGCAGCAGCACUUCAGAAUGCACUUUGGAACAAUGCGCCAUCUCCCAUGUUUACUGUGACGAAAGUUCAAGAUUCCAACAUCCAUGUAAAGAUGGCGCAGACAAAGUACACACUUGAAAAACCUGAGGAUGUAGCUGAAAGGAUUAAAAAAGAACCCAGUGUUAAGAGUGAUGUCGCCCAGAACAGUGGGUUAGAGAUUGUUUCAGCUGAUUUUGAAGAUGCAUCUAACAAGGAUGUAAAGGGAAAUCCCCAGAGAUCUGUGAAAACUCAGCAGCCAAAGUAUUUCCUCGUAACGAUCAUUGUUGUGGGCUGUGUCACUGGAGUAAUUCUGACAGCAGUUGCAAUUUAUCUCAUAAUGAGAAGGCACAAUGAAGCAAAUUUCAAACCUGUUACUCUUCCUGGUCAAGAAGCAGCAGCUGAUUACCAGGAAUUGUGUCGACAGCUGCGGGCAACUCAAGGGUGGGACAGUGCACCUGUGAAGACCACAUCCUUACAGCAUGGGGAAAAAGAGAAGGGACUGGGAAGCGGAAGGGCACCCAAAUACUCAUGGAGUGAAGAGCCUGUUGUACCCAACAUGGACAUUUCUACUGGACAUGUUGUUUUGUCCUACAUGGAGGACCAUCUUAACAACAAAGACAGGCUGAACAAAGAAUGGGAGGCUUUGAAAACAUAUGAAGCUGAGCCUAACAGCAGGGAAGUUGGAAAGCUGGAGAAGAAUGCAAGAAAGAACCGUUACAGUGAUGUUCUGCCCUAUGACCAUAACAGAGUUCUUCUAAAAGAGACAGCAAGUGCCACUGGGUCAGAUUACAUCAAUGCCAGUUACAUUACGGACCAUGAUCCCAAGAAUCCUACCUAUAUCGCAACCCAGGGACCUGUGGCUCACACUGUAUCAGACUUCUGGCAGAUGGUGUGGGAGCAAGGUGUUGUUGUCAUUGUUAACUUGACAAAACUUUCAGAUCUUGGACUGCCUCAGUGUCACAGAUAUUGGCCUGAAGAGCAGCAACCAAUUGUAAAAUAUCGCAUUUAUGAGGUUCAUCUUGUCUCUGAACAUAUAUGGUGUGAAGAUUACUUAGUCCGAAGUUUUUACUUGAAGAACUUACAGACCAGUGAAACCAGAACAGUCACCCAAUUUCAUUUUCUUACCUGGCCUGAUCUUAAUGUUCCUUCAACACCCAAGCCUCUUCUGGAAUUCAGACGGAAAGUGAACAAAUGCUUCAGAGGACGAGCCUCUCCUGUCAUGGUACAUUGCAGUGGAGGAGUUGGAAGGACUGGAACCUACAUACUGAUUGAUAUGGUGCUGAACAAGAUGAUGAGAGGAGCCAAAGAAAUUGACAUUGCUGCCACUGUAGAACAUCUACGUGACCAACGCCCUUCCAUGGUUAAAACUAAGGCUCAGUUUGAAUUUGCCCUGACAGCUGUCGCAGAAGAAGUGAAUGCGAUCUUGCAAGCUCUUGCCAAAUGAUGAUCAUUGACCAGGAAAAAAAGUAUUAUAUCAAUGUAAUUUAUAAUUUUGGUUUGUUCAGUUAGGACUAAACAGGCAAGGUGACAAUUUUGUCUUUGAAUUUUGUGAAUUAAAUUUUUUUCUUUGACCGAAAAAAUUCAGUGGAACUUUGUUUGUAUGAUUUUUAUGAAAAUAGUGAAAAUUAUGUUAUUUUAUUUAUGAUAUGUUGACCCUAAGUUGUGAAUUUUCCCAUGCUUUUAAGGCUAAUCCUUUAACUCCCAUGAGUGACCAAGAAAUAAUUUCUCCUUACAAUAUCAGUACCAUAUUAAGCAGACAAGA